AUGGAGGAAGACCUGUGUAAACCGGUGAUCGUACACGACAGUCUGCACACCGAGACGAACAACAACGGCCUAAGCUGGUUAAACUUUGCCGCUUUCCAAGAAUUGGUAUUCCGAAGUACAUUCUUCCUCCACAAGGACAUCCACAAAGCCACUCAAAAAUCACCUGGCCAACUAACAACAAACCAAAUUGACCAUGUGCUCACCAAAGGACGUUUUUCCUCGAACAUCACCAACAUACGCACUUACCGAGGUGCGGAUAUUGACUCGGACCACUACUUAGUGGCGGUUUGUAUACGCGCAAAACUGUCGACUAGCUAUCAGUCACGACAGAACCGAUCUCCGCGGCUCAACAUCAAGCAGCUACGGAACCCACAAGCUGCCGAAGUCUAUGCGCAACAACUUGAAGCGGCACCAGCCACGGUAGAGGAGUUCGGCGCUGCUUCUCUCGAGGAUGGCUGGAUCGGCCAUCAGGGAAGAAUAACCAAUCACGUAAAGACUAUGUGCCGCGAGCUGACUUGUCGAAGUUUGUUGGAAGUAAUCUCAUCACGAACGAUAGCGAGGCGGUCGAUAGAUGGAAGCAGCACUUCGAUGAAUAUCUGUAUGGCUAUGCAACAAACAGAAGCGGAACUAGAACGGACCUGGGAGUGCCAGUAG